AUGCAAACGCGGAAGCGGAAGCGGGAUGCGAGUGACAAGAUUGACGAGGCGUCCUUGAUGCGACCUCAGCACGCGCCGCGGCACCGGGGUUGCCGGCAAAAGCUGGCAGAGCUUGCCGAGCUGGACACCGAGGACUUGACUUGGCUUGGGGAGACGGGAUUCUCGCCCACGGGCGCGCGUCUCUGUCCCACUUGA